AGAGAGAGAGAGAGAGAGAGAGAGAGAGAGAGAGAGAGAGCGAGGGCUAUGUCACAAAACAAAAGAAGUGAAAGAUAAAGAAUAUGCUAAGCCACAUUUUAUAUUUAUGUGGUCUAGUAAAUGUUGCCAACAAUAAUAGCUAUGACAUCAGUUUCGUUUGAUUUUGCGUUCGAAAUUUCAAUUUGCGUGUUCAUUAUUUCAGCUCUGCUCUCUCAACAUCAGCAAAGUGUCACUUAGUUCGUUCUGAAAACACCGACUGUAUGUUUCUUGAAAUUAAUAUCCAUUUUAAAUAGUAUGAAAAUUACAGUCCAACUAUUUAGACGCGACUGAGAUGUCUGCUAGAGUGGUAAUAAUCGGUGCUGGUUCAGCAGGAAUCGCUGCUGCAACUCGGCUGUACGAGCAUGGGUUCAGAAACGUUACGAUCCUAGAGGCAACGGGACGAAUCGGAGGUCGGGUGCAUACCGUACCGUUCGGUGAAAACGUAAUCGAUUGCGGUGCUCAGUGGUGCCAUGGCGAAAAAAAUAAUGUGGUGUACGAAAUGGCUGGCCCUUUGGCGUUGCUCGAGUCUUCAGUGGUCGCCGAGAAGAAUGUUCUACUGAAAUCUGACGGAGAAGUGGUGCAGCAGGAACAAACCGAUCGUUUAAUGAUUCUUGCCGAAAGAAUCGUCGAAUCCGAAGAUCUUUACAAUUCUGGUGGAACGCUGGGCGAUUUCUUUGUGGAACGGUUUACCAAGGAAGUCAAUGAAGAGAAAAUGAAAGAUAUUGACAGGAAAUUGGUGCGACAAUUUUUGGAAUUCUAUCACGGUUACCAGAAAGGGUACAUCGCAAUAGAUUCGUGGUACGAUUAUCCAGCGGAUGACGAUUCUGAGGAUUGUGAGGGAGACGAUUCACUCAGUUGGAUGGGCAAAGGCUACAAAAGUAUAUUGGAUUUAUUGAUGAAAAGACACCCUUCUCAAAAUAAUGCAGAACCGAUACCGAUUGAAAAGAACAUAGAGUUCAACAAAUUCGUUGAAAACAUACACUGGAACAAAGGACCGGAUCAGCCCAUAACAAUUCGUUGCGCUGAUGGAAGUCGGUACGAGGCUAGUCACGUCAUAAUAACAGUUUCUCUAGGAGUUUUGAAGGAAAACAUAAAUACUCUUUUCACACCGCAACUGCCGUCGGUCAAACAGAAUGCAAUUAAGGGCAUUCAUUUUGGAACGGUGAACAAAGCGAUCUUUGAAUUCGAGACACCCUUCUGGACCGAAAUGGGUAACACGUUUGGGUUACUGUGGAAUUCCGAAGAAUUGGAAAAGAUACGUACUUCGAAGUAUGCUUGGACGGAGGGUGUUUCGGCAUUCUUCAAAAUUGAUCGUCAGCCAAAGCUUUUGGGAGCUUGGAUGAUGGGCAAAGAAUGUCGUCAGGCGGAGCUAAUUCCCGAUUCGGAAAUAACUGAAGGUAUACUGUUCUUAUUGGGAAUGUUUUUCAAGAACAAACAAAUCGACCAACCACUGCGAAUGAAGACGACUCAAUGGUUCAGUGACCCAUAUUUUCGGGGAUCGUACUCCAGCCCAUCGUUGGCUACCAGGCUUCUGAAAACAGAUUACAAAGAUAUGGCGAUUCCCCUUACAGACUCUCUCGGAACACCCGCACUGUUGUUUGCUGGCGAAGCAACAAAUGGAUUGCAUUACGGUACCGUUCAUGGAGCUAUUAAGAGCGGAUGGCGUGAAGCAGAUCGCAUAAUUAAUUUUUAUAAGAAAUAGAUUCAACGCAAUGCAUACAUCGAAAGAGGAAGAAAAUGGGUGAAAGUAACUAAUAAACCAAAUCGCAUUUUUCAUACUACGUUCACACUUGUUUACAAAAAUACUUAAAAAGAGAAUGUCAUCGGGAUAGUCGCGAAAAACACCUUAAGGACAUAGCGUGAAUGUAGUGUUAUGUUUUAUCUUAGAUUUUUUAGUACGCAGUACUUAUGUUCAAAAAGUCGCAAUUUUCUCAUCGAAAUUUUAUUAGGAAAAUUACCGUAAUUACUGGGUGAAAAAAGAAAAAAAUGAAUACUCAAUAAU